AUGGUGGAGCUUCCUGGAUACAGCCUGUCUGGUGUGUUUGCCUCCUUCUUCUUUAUACUUCUCAGCAUGAAGCAAUCAGAUGACUUUAGAGUGACGGGUUCUGCCCAUCCUAUCCUGGCCAUGGUGGGGGAAGAUGCCCUCCUCACCUGUCAGCUCCUUCCCAAGAGGACCGCAAAGCACAUGGAGGUGAGGUGGUACCGCUCAGAGCCCAGCACUCCUGUGUUUUUGUAUCGGGAUGGAGAUGAGGUAACAGAGAUACAGAUGGAGGAGUACAGAGGCCGGGUAGAGUGGAUAGAAGACGGCAUCACCGAGGGAAGCGUGGCUCUGAAGAUUCACAGCCUCCGGCCAUCCGAUCACGGGCAGUACUGGUGCCAUUUCAAAGACAACAACUACCUUGCAGAAACCAGCCUGCUACUCCAAGUAGCCAGUCUGGGGUCUGACCCUUACAUCCACAUGGACGGAUCUGUGGAAAGUGGACUCCAGCUUGUGUGCACUGCAAAGGGCUGGUUCCCGGAACCGCAGGUUUCCUGGAAAGACAUCAAGGGAGAAAAUUUGCUGUCUUUCUCUAAUUAUAACUUCCAAGAUGAAGAUGGCUCGUUUUAUGUAGAAAGCACUCUUGUGGUCAGGGAUGCCGCUACAGAGGCUGUGUCCUGCUUCAUCCACAACCCCUCACUCGCCGAGGAGAAGGGCUCAGACGUCUCCAUCCCAGAAAAACUCCAAACAGAGCUGGCUUCCUUAAAAGUGAUUGGACCUUCCCAGCCCAUCCUUGUUAGAGUGGGAGAAGACAUACAGUUAACCUGCUCCCUGGCCCCAAGGACUGACGCACGGAGCAUGGAGGUGCGGUGGGUCCGAUCCCACCGUCAUCCUGCUGUUUACGUCUAUACGGAUGGGGCCCACGUGGCUGGAGAGCAGAUGGCAGAGUAUCGGGGGAGGACUGCGCUGCUGAGUGAUGCUAUCAGUGAGGGGAGGCUGACCCUGCAGAUAAAUGAUGCCAGGACUUCAGACGAUGGGAAGUACCAGUGCCUUUUUGAAAAAGAUGGGGUCUACCAGGAGGCCGAUUUGGAUCUGAAGAUCAUAGGUCUGGGUUCUUCCCCUCAGAUCUCCAUGGAGGGACUGAAGGAUGGAGAAGUAAAGCUAAAGUGCACUUCAGAAGGCUGGUUCCCACAGCCCCACAUGCAAUGGAGGGACAUGGAAGGAAACACAAUACCAUCCUUUUCCCAGGACCUGACUCAAGGCAGCCAGGGGCUAUUCCACGUGGAGGCAUUUCUACUGGUCACAAACAGCUCUGUUGUGAAUGUGACCUGCUCCAUCAGCAGCCCCCUUCUCGGCGAGGAGAAAAAGACAACUUUUUCUACUUCAGAGUCCGGGAUGAUUUAUUCACAGAACAUACUGCUGAUUUGGGGAUUGCUGCUUCUUCUUCUUGUUGGAGUUGUAGGCUUGAUCUGGAGGAGAAGCUGCAGAAAAGGUUCUUCUGAAUCUUUCCUGCACCCAAGGAUUCUCAGCCACACCUCCCAGGAGAACAUAAAGAUUUGGGAAAAGUCUUAA